AGUUGUGAAAUUAGCUUAGAGGCGAGGAACGAAGUCAUCAAAGCAGCUGAAGCGAGCAAUUUGCCUCUGAACGCGACUUGCUGUACUGCAUGUUUAAAGGAAUUUAAUAAAAUGGAAAAAGCUGUUAGUUUACCAAAUGAACACAGUAAAACUACACCAGUUACCUUGGUGGAGAGUAGUAGCAAUCCCAGCGGCCUGGAAUUGGUGAGCUCCUAUCAGACCAACAGAGUUGGGGAUCCUAUGGACCUUGUUGCCCUGGCAGAGCAAGUACAGAAGGGAGAUGAUUUUGUGAGAGCCAACGCAUGCAACAGGUUGACUGUCAUCGCUGAUCAAAUUAGGUACCUACAAGAACAAGCAAGAAAGGUUUUGGAGGAUGCAAAGAAGGAUGCUGAGCUGCAUCAUGCAGCCUGCAAUGUGGUGAAGAAACCCGGGAACAUGUAUUACCUUUACAUGCGCGAGUCUGGACAGCGCUAUUUCUCCAUACUGUCUCCCAAGGAAUGGGGACCCAGCUGUCCACAUAAGUUCCUGGGCGCAUACAAGCUUCAGUACGAUAUGUCCUGGACGCCACUGGAAGAGGUGGAAAAAAGGGACGCUGAAAUCGGCAUCAUGGAUAAGCUCUUAAGCCAGCAGACUGCUCUGCCACCCGCCACAGAACCCAACUUUCAGGGACUCUCCUAAAAUGUCCGUCACUAGUAGGCUUUAUUGUUGACGACUGCCUUUGGUGGCCCUUGGGACUGGAUACAUAUUAAUUAUGAUGCCAUACUGAUUUCUAAGGUGGUGAAUUUUUUUUGGUGGUUGCUUUUUACACUGUAAUGUCACUUUGGCAUUCACAUUGAACUUUGAUCAGAUGCUUUGUGCGACUUGUGAAACACAAGCGGACCAC